AUGGGAAAGGUUGUGCCCAGCUGCCUUGAAGAUCGCGUUAAACACCUGUGGACCCAGAUCCUGCAGAAUUACUUCAUCCUAGCGAAAAUCUACGGCAGAGAACGGGAGCCAUACCUCUCAGAGAGCGAGCUCAGAGCCGUGGACCUGGUUGUCACCACGUUGCGCCGUAACACCAUCUACAAACUGCUGUUUCUGGAGAACAAUACUUGGUACAUGGUUCCAUAA